AUGAGAAGCGCCGGCCUUAUUUUGGCGGCCGCGGCGUCCGUCCGCGCCGCUUGCUCGUGGAAGAACGUCCACACCGGAGGCGGAGGCGGCUUCGUGCCGUCCAUCGUCUUCCACCCGACCGAGAAGGGAGUUGCAUAUGCUCGCACCGACAUUGGAGGUCUAUACAGACUGAACGCCGACGACUCGUGGACCCCCAUCACCGACGCCAACGGAUUCGCCGACGACGCCAACUGGAACCGAUGGGGUAUCGACGCUCUUGCGGUUGACGCCCAGGACGCGAACAAGGUCUACAUUGCUACAGGCAUGUACACCAACGACUGGGACCCCAAGAAUGGAACAUUUGCGCGCAGCUCCGACAAGGGCGAGACCUGGGAGACUACCACCCUUCCCUUCAAGGUUGGCGGCAACAUGCCUGGCCGCGGAACUGGUGAGCGGUUGGCCGUCGACCCCAAGAACUCGGAGAUUAUCUUCUUUGGUGCCCGCAGCGGCAACGGUUUGUGGAAGAGCACAGACGCCGGUGAGCAGAAUUCCAUCCACGAGCGCACCGCGCCCCGUCUCUCCACGAUUCAGAUUUCUGACAGAGUCUCUACAUUCGAGGCCGUCGGUACCUUCCGCCCCGGCGCCGCGAGCGAUGCCUACAACGGUGACCUUCAAGGUCUGACUUUCGUCACCUUCGACGAGACCUCCGAGGUUGUCAACGGCGCGACCUCGAGAAUCUUUGUUGGAACCGCCGACAACACCACCGCGUCCGUCUACGUCAGCACUGACGCCGGUGCCACCUGGGGCCCUGUCGAUGGCCAGCCCAAGAAGUUCUUCCCUCACAAGGCUGUCCUUCAACCCGCCGAGAAGGUCAUUUACUUCACCUAUUCCGACGGAACCGGCCCUUACGAUGGCACUCAGGGUGGUGUUUGGAAGUACGAUUUGACCUCGAGCAAGUGGACCGACAUCACCCCUACCACUGGCAGCGAUCUCUACUACGGCUUCGGUGGACUCGGUGUCGAUAUGCAAAAACCUGGAACGAUCGUUGUCGCCACUCUGAACAGCUGGUACCCCGAUGCGAUCCUCUUCCGCUCCACCGACUCCGGCGCGACCUGGAAGAGAAUCUGGAGCUACGGUGCCGAUGGCAAGGUCGCGCCGCAGUACACAAUCAGCGCGCCCAACGCCCCCUGGAUCGAGACCAACUUCCUCGACAUUGACACCAAGAAGCUUGGCUGGAUGAUCGAGUCCCUCUCCAUUGACCCCACCAACAGCGACAAGUUCUUCUACGGUACCGGUCUUACCCUGUACGGUAGCAACGACCUGACCAACUGGGACAAGAACAAAACCAUUACCAUCCAGAGUCUUGCUUCCGGUAUUGAGGAGAUGGCUGUCGGCGCCUUGGCCAGUGCCGCCGAGGGCCCUGAGCUCUUCUUCGCGACUCUUGACAACAACGGCUUCACCUACAAGACCGCCGCCGAUGUUGACAAGGCCCCUCAAUCCGCCUGGACCAACCCUUGGUGGGCUAGCAGUGUCGACGUCGACUUUGCCGGAAACAGCCCCAACAAGGUUGCCCGCAUCGGCAAGGCCACCGACUCGCCUCAGCUCGCCCUCAGCACCGACGGCGGUGAGACCUGGUCCGUCGUGAACUCCACCGGCAACACCAUCACCGACGGCUCCGUCGCCUACUCCGCCGACGGCGAUGUCAUUCUCUGGUCUUCCAAGAGCGCCGGCGUCCAGGUUAUCCGCAACGCAGGCAAGCCCGAGAACAGCACUCUCUCCGCGAGCAGCGUCAUCGCCAGCGACAAGAAGAAGAACGACGUCUUCUACGCCGGUUCCAAGGCGACCUUCUACGUCUCCACCGACGGCGCCGCCACCUUCACCGAGGCGCCCCUCGGCAACGUCACCGAGAUCCGCUCCAUCGUCGCCCACCCCGCCACAGCCGGCGAGCUCUUCGUCUCCACCGACUCGGGCGUCUUCCACAGCACCGACUUCGGCAAGACCUUCUCCUCCAUCUCCGGCCCUUCCAACGCUCACGCCGUCUCUGUCGGCAAGGGUGAAGGCAGCGCCUGGAACCUGUACGUCUUUGGCGAGGCUGCCGAUGGCAAGAAGCUCUACGCCAGCGCCGAUCUCGGUGCUUCGUGGAUUGACCUCCAGGGCACCUACAGCUUCGGCGCUCUUGACGGCGCUGCUCUUGUUGGUUCCGCCAACGAGGCCAACGUUGUUUAUGUUGGUACCAACGGCCGCGGUGUCAUGUACACCUCGUGCCCUGUCUCCAACUCCACUGCGGCCCCGGCUGCUGCGCAUGCCAGAAGGCACGCUCGCAGCAGACCCAUGCGUCUUGGAAGAGCUCCCCACCGCCACUGA